CUGCGACCGGCUUAUCCGGUAAGCAGGUACCCGCUAAAAAAAGCCUCGGAAUCUGAUUUGAGACACUGGCGUUUUUUGGUCCCAAGACCUCAUCUCACUCAUCCACCCUCAACCGCCGCUUGGCCUAAAGAGACCUAGAAUACACACGUUAAGUGGAAACCCCGAGCCGUUUCUUUUUCGUCACUUCGACGUCACUUUUACAUUCCGUUGACCUCAAUUUGUUGGCAUUUCGAGCCUCACUCAUAACUUCUUCUGGCUUCGAUAAUCCGCUAUGGGCCUCGCGGGGGCUGCGAAUGGCCAGUACGGUCACGACCGAUGGGCGGAAAAAAGAACGGGUGGUGAUAUUGGGGUCUGGCUGGGCUGGGUACGGCUGUCUACGUGCUCUCGAUCCGAAUAAAUACGAGCGCAUCAUGAUUUCGCCUCGCUCUUACUUUGUCUUCACGCCGCUACUCGCCGGUACAGCAGUCGGAACGUUAGAAUUCAGGGCAGUGCUUGAGCCAGUCCGGAGACUUGGUCCGGAUAAGUUCCAUCAGGGGUGGGCCGACGAUAUCGAUUUCGCGAGGAAAGUCAUUCGUGUAGAAGCGAAUAUCACUGACGGUCUUGCCUCGAGGACGCGGCUCAUCAUGAAACAUCGUCUUGAUGGCAACCGACAGAAGGGAGAACUAUUCGACGUCGAAUACGAUAAAUUGAUCAUCGCAGUCGGCUCGUACAGCCAGACUUUUGGCAUCGAGGGAGUGCGUGAGCAUGCCAACUUCUUAAGAGAUGUCGGGGAUGCCCGUAAGAUCCGGAUAAAGAUCCUUCAGAGCUUCGAGAAAGCCGCACUACCAAUUACGUCAGAAAAUGACCGGAAGAAGCUCUUGCAUUUCGCUAUCGUAGGUGGCGGACCGACUGGUAUCGAGUUCGCUGCUGAGCUUCACGACUUAAUACGCGACGACCUCGUGAAGAUCUACCCAGAGCUGAUGAAAUUCGUUAACAUCACCGUGUAUGAUGUUGCGCCCAAGGUACUCCCAAUGUUCGACAAGACCUUGGCGGAUUAUGCCAUGGAGCGGUUCAAUAGGGAGGGUAUCAAAGUCAAGACGGAGCAUCACUUAACCCGAAUCCGGCUUGAUGAGGAAUGCGAGGGUUGUCUGAAAUUGAAGAUUAAAGAGUAUGGCGACGAGGAGGUUGGCGCCGGCAUCGUUGUGUGGAGCACGGGGCUCAUGCAGAACCCCCUGAUCCAGAAAUUAGAGGCCAAGAGCUUCAAGCUGCCCGGUUCGGAUACCGAGAUGCAGCUACAUAGAAACCCGAAGACAGGCGGCAUCAUCACAGCCGAAAACGGCCUUCGCGUGAACAUAAUACCCCACGACGCAGCGUCAGCGUCGCCGGAAGCCCAACAGGCAAAAGCCACCUUACUACCCGACGUAUACGCCAUCGGCGAUUGUACAAUGGUCUCGGGAGUCGCACUGCCUGCCACCGCUCAGGUCGCCAGCCAACAAGCGGCGUAUCUCGCGAAGCGGCUUAACAAGGGCGACAUGGAGCAGAAACCCUUUAAGUUCAAGAAUUUAGGCACUAUGACCUAUCUAGGGAACUGGACCGCGAUCCACCAGAGCAACAUCGAUGAGAUGAAGGGAUGGAUGGCUUGGGUCCUCUGGCGCACGGCGUACCUGACUAGGAGCAUGAGCAUACGGAAUAAGAUUACUGUGCCCUUCUAUUGGGCUAUCUCGUGGAUAUUCGGGAGGGAUAUUUCGAGGUUUUAGAGGCUUGAUGGGUGGGUUACGGAAGAUUGUCGGUGUGGUGCUGGGGGUAUCUAAUUGGCAUUGUU